AUGAUCUUGAGUCCUGCCAGUAGUAAGAAUGUGUCGAAGGUGGUGCAGCCAUCUCUAAAUUUUAUUCGUGGUAAGAGAACGAAGUCAAAGGGAGGCUUGAACCCACAAGCCCAGAGGAUUAUCACACAAUUAUCGGUUCUAUCUGCAAGCAGGAAACAACCGAAGCUUUUGAAGCUUUCGCGCGAAGAUUUGAUCAAGCAUGACAUGAUCCAAGCAUGCUGGUCGCAAUACCAGAGAGAGUUGAGAGAAAAGAGAGAAAACCAGUUGAGACUACAGUACGAAGGUAUGGAAAAGGCUAUGAGUCUUUUGGAGCAAGUGGACCCAGAACUGUACGCAAUGGCCAACGCUCCUGAGACUGGUAAAAGAUUCCCAUUGGAAUUAAGGGUGCCAACAGAAUAUCCUCCAAACACUGUGUGGUACUAUGACUACAAGAAGAAGGAAUAA